ACAAAAAAUCUUCAAUUCUAUAAAUAUUAGAAAAAAUUCAUUAUGGUGGAAAUGCCAAGAAUCAAGAAUAGGAUACUCUUGUUAUAAAAUAAAUACGCCAUUAAAAUAUCAUACAUCAAAUAAUAUACAAGAAUAUGUCAAUUCCUUUAAAAAUGAAAGAAACAAAUUAAUGGCUAUGUGGCCCGAUAUUGUUCGUGAAUUGACGGAAGAAGAUAUUAAAGAAUUACCAGAUGUUAAAAAAUGGACAAAAGAGAUAUUGGAAUAUAAUGUUCCGAAAGGAGGAAAACGAAGAUCAGUACCACUUGUAAUUGCAUAUAAAUUGCUGACAUCUCAAGAUCAGUUAACAGAAGAAAAUAUUCAUUUAGCUCGUAUCCUAGCCUGGUAUAUAGAAAUAAUGCAAGCAUUUCACACAAUGAUAGAUGAUAUUUUAGAUAAUGCAAACAUACGACGAAAUCAAUUAACCUGGCAUGUAAAAGUUGGAUUAGGUGCAAUUAAUGAUGCUUUAAUUUUGGAAACAUGUAUAUACAAGCUUCUUGAGAAACAUUUUAAAUCGAAAAAUUGUUAUGUAGAAAUCAUGAAUAUAUUCUUGAAAUAUCAUAAAAAAACAGUGCAAGGUGAAUGUCUAGAUAUAUUGAUAUCAACAGAUUGGGGAAAAAAAUCGAAUCUUGAUCUUUUUUCUAUGGAUCGAUACAAUAAUCUAAUUAAACAUAAAACAUCUUAUUUUUCAUUUAUACUUCCAUUCAGUCUUGCUAUGCGUUUUGCUGACAUAAUCGAUCCAGAAAUGCAUAGGGAAGCAGAAAAAAUUCUGAUAAAAAUAAGUCACCUUUUCCAAGUACAAAAUGAUUUUUUGGAUUAUUACAGUAAAGAAGAAAUCGGAGGAAAAAGUGGAACUGACAUACAAGAAGGAAAAUGUACAUGGCCUAUUGUGGUUGCAUUGCAGCGAGCUAUAACCGAACAAAAAAAAAUUUUAAAAGAAUGUUAUGGAGUAAGUGAUGAAGAAAAAGUAAAACGUGUGAAAGAAAUUUAUGAAAAGAUAGGCAUAUCGAAUAUUUAUUGUGAUUACGAAGAAGAAACGUAUAAUUUAUUAAAUACAUGUAUACAGCAAUUAUCUUCGAAACUUCCAUCUGAAUAUUUUUCAUACUUACUCGCUACAUCAUGUAGUAAAAUAGGACAAAAAAAUUAA